AUGUCCAUUGUCGAGUCCAUUGUCAAGAUCCUUCUCCCAAAACUCGCUGACCCAAUCCUUCAAGAAGCCAUUUUCUUAUAUGGCGUUGGUGAUGAAGUCGAAUGGCUCGAGGCGGAAUUUAAGCGGAUGCUAUGCUUCUUGAUAGACGCAGACGCAAAACAAGAAGGAGAUGAAAGAGUGAAGAACUGGGUGGGGGAUGUGAGAGAUGUUGCAUACGGUGCUGAGGACGUGAUCGACACCUUUCUCUUCAAGGUAGCACCCUUGAGGCAAACUGGAUUUGUGGGCCGUAUUAGAAGGUACGCUUUCAUCUUCAAUAAGUUGAUAGCUCGCCGUGAGGUGGGCUUGGAGAUCGAACGGAUAAAGAAUAAAAUCCGUUCGAUCUCUGAAAGUAGGUCGACAUAUGGAAUUGAAAAUCUAGGCCAGGGAGCAGGGACGAGCUCUGCCGGUCGAAGCCACCAAGACUCCAGGCCCACUUAUCUUUCUCAAGAAACAGAUUUUGUUGGCUUUGAGAAGGAGUUUGAGAUGUUGGUGGCCCGGUUAACAGAGGGAGAGCCGCGACGUUGUGUUGUUUCUGUAGUAGGAAUGGGUGGUCUCGGUAAGACCACUCUUACUAAGAAACUAUAUAACGCUGGUACUGUUAAGAAACAUUUCCAUACUCAUGCGUGGAUUUCUGUAUCACAAGAGUAUUCUGCGAGAGAUCUUUUGCAGACCAUCACAAAAUGCUGUAUGGUUCUGUCAAAAGAGCAGCUCGAGUUGGUGGAGAAGAUGGACGUUCUUGAGCUGAGCGAGAAAAUCUCUGAGUAUCUGAAAGAAAAGAGAUACUUGGUGGUCUUGGAUGAUAUAUGGAAAAGCGAAGCAUGGGAUGCUUUGAAGGAUGCAUUUCCGCAUGUGAAUAAUGGCAGUAGGGUCAUGCUCACCACACGAAACAAAGACGUUGCUUUAUAUGCAGAUCCAGAUCCACGAAGCCGGCCCCAUGAACUUCGAUUUCUAACCAAUGAAGAGAGCUGGUAUUUGUUUUGUAGAAAAUCGUUCCUAGGACGAGAUGGUGAUUGCCCGCAGGAUUUGGAGAAGCUGGGAAGAGAGAUUGUGGAAAACUGCAUGGUCUUCCUCUUGCGAUCGCAGUCAUUGGAGGGCUCUUAUCAAGAAAGGAACCAAGGGAGUGGGAGAAUGUACGCAAGAGCAUCAGCUGGCAGUUUGUCGAGGGAGAAGUCAAAAUCUCCAGCAUAUUAUCUUUAAGCUAUAAAGACCUGCCAUAUUACUUAAAACCAUGUUUUCUCUACCUGGGCAAUUUUCCAGAGGACUACGAAUUCCAUGCCAAGAAAUUGAUUCAAAUGUGGGCUGCAGAAGGUUUUCUUGAAGAGAGAGGGGAAGAAACUUUGGAGGAGGUUGGAGAAGAUUAUCUAAUGGAAUUGAUUCAAAGAAGCAUGGUUCAAGUCACAGAAAGAAGUUCAAGCCAAGGUAUUAAAAAGUGUCGCAUCCAUGAUCUUUUGCGGGAUCUCUCCAUAUCGGAAGCUAAGGAAGGUAUGUUUCUUCAAGUUCACAGUGGGAUCAAUGCAAAUGCUCCUCCUGCAUCUAGAGCCCGUCGACUUGCAGUUCACUAUAACAACUCAAGUAAGUACAUUUCCUUAAGCUAGCUGUUCCACUCCACACCUUCAUUCUGUGUUAAUGCAUACCAAAAGCUAUGUGUGGCUUCCAAGAGAAGAAGAAAAGUCUCUACAGAGGCUUUAAGUUGCUGAGGGUGUUGUAUAUACACGGUGUGAUAAUAGACAAGCAACCGAGAGAAAUAGGUGAACUAAUCCACUUGAGAUACCUCGGGUGUACUCGAACUUCUUUAAAAAGUCUCCCAUCGUCCAUAGGCAGUCUUCCCAAUUUACAAACUCUAUUUGUAGCAUCUUCUUGUUAUAAAGUAAAAGUACCAAGCACAAUCGGGAAGAUGCAACAGUUAAGACAUCUUCAACUAAGUUGGGCAGUCAUGAAAGGGCAACCAAGGCUUGAGCAGAUAAGUAACCUCCAGACUCUAUCAAAUGUGGAGGCUGGCAAAUGGAUGGAGGGCUGCUUGGGAAAGCUCACCAAUCUUAGAAAAUUAGGAAUAGUUUUAGUAACAACAGCUGAUGCUGAGGUAUUCAAAGAUUCUAUUGUCAAAUUGGGCUGCCUCCACUCUCUGUCGGUUUCAGUAAGAGAUGAAAGGUUAUUGGUACCUCGUAAUUCACAUCUUGUCAAGUUAAGAAGAAGCGAACAAUUCGAACGCCAAGAGUGGUCGCUACCUCCUUUUUCAAAUCUUCUCAAAUUAAGUAAGUUGUGUUUGAGAGGAAACUUAGAGAGGUUACCCGAGUCUGCUCAAUUCCCAGUAAACCUCACCAAGCUUACCUUGAAAUACUCCCGUUUAAAGCAAGGCCAAUUGGCGACUUUAGAGAAGCUGGAAAAACUCCGCAUUCUCAAAUUGCUGGAACGUUCGUACGUGGGAAAGGAAAUGGUUUGCUCUUCACAAGGGUUUCCUCAGCUUGAAUCCUUAUAUCUUGUACAAUUAUAUGAAUUAGAGGAGUGGAGAGUGGAGAAAGGAGCUAUGCCAAGUCUUUUACAUUUACGGAUAGGAUGGUGCCACGGAUUGAAAAAGCUUCCGGAAGGACUGCAACACGUGACUACCCUCAAGAAAUUGGAGUUGUGGUGGAUGCGCUCUGAAUUGGAGAAAAGGCUUAAAGAAUACAGCGGAGAUGGAGAGGGAGAGGGAGAGGAUUGGCAUAAGAUUCGGCACAUACCCUCCAUCGACAUACGUUCUUUCUAUGAUUAGGAGCUUCAAUCUGUAAAAAUUUUGGAGCUUCCUUCGUAUAUAGCAAGCCUAUCAAAUUUAAGUUUGGAUCUCAGAACUACUGGCCCUACUUGCAAUGCGCAUGAAGACUCUCCAACUGAAUGCUUUAGGAACUCAUGCUUUCUGUUUAUCCAUGAUUUAGCCUCUACAGUUAGGUAUAUGCUUUAACUUCUUUUAUAGAUUUUAUAAGCAACCAAAUUCCAAUAGAUAACUUUUUAAUUUUAUUCACAAAUUUCAUUUUUUGACAUAUUUCUCGUUGCAGAGACUACAAUGACGUGCAUGCGCAAAGUGACCAAAAGGGAGUGAAGAAUGGUGGAAUGGUGGAAUGGUGACUAGACAGUGAAUAGAUGUUCAUAUUACAUAUCUUUCAAUAAUAUUUAUAUAUCAUGUACUUUAAUUUGCACAAACAAUUCAUUUCAUGUUUAAUUUACUCUACUAUAUGUACUGUCUGCCUGUAAUGUAUUAGUUGAGAAUUGAAAUAGGAAGCAAUUUCUCUA